CAACACAAGCAACAAUCAAAUUUAGUCCCACCAAAAUGAGAGAGAAAACAGUGUAACACAUGGAAGGCGAAACUAGAGAAAAACCAAAAUAAACAAAAGGGUCUGAAAAUUAUUUAUUUUAUAAAAAGAAGAUAAAAUCGAGUCAUAAGAGCGAUUUCGAGUUUAGGUAAAGAAAAUGUUUUGAAAGUUUGUAAGAGCACGAAACUGUUAUUUGAAAAAAUUGUUAGACAUAGCCCUUCUUUUGGCAUCAUCUAUCAGCAUGAACUUGUGACUCGUGAGGAAUAAAUGGAUGAAUCACAGAAACUACCAUUGUUCCAUGAAUCCGGCAUAUACCACUUCAAUGAUUCCAAUGCCGUUUUCAUUGAUCCCGUUCGCGUUCUAAACCGUUCUUACAAUCGCUUCACCGUUUCUCCAUCCACCUACUACCCUCGUUUCUUCCAAACCCUAACCCCCAACCCUGUUCCCAUCACCGUUUCUUCCUCUCCCACAAAACGCAAACGGAAAAAACCAAAACGGACUCCCAAAGAACCUCCACCUCUUAACGAUAGAGAACUAAUUGCACUUCAGCGCCAUCAGGAAUUGAGGCCUUUGUUGUUGAAGGCGCAUGAGUGUUUGUUAAAAUCAAAUGAACUUUUGGAUGCUAUUAGAACUUUGAGAAGUGGAAGUGAUUCGUAUUGCUUGAAAGAGGAGUGUGAAGGUGGUGAACAAUGUUUUGUUGAAUUGGGAUGGCAAUCGCCCGAUCUUGUUGUAACGCUUAAUGUACGUCUAUGUGACACUGAUAAUGAUUCUCAUGAUCGGACACAAAAUAACUUGGAAGACUUCUCAGAUUCCCCAAGUGUGCAAUGCUGUGAGCAGAGGAUACUUCCUGCAUUCAAUAAUUUGGUUGUUAAUGACACCGAGGAUGACGCAGUGGCUGAGAUUAUGAACAAUCGUUAUAUAAUGCCUCAAGAGAGCUGCUUUUACAUGUCUGAUCUGGGACAGAUUCGCAAUCUCAUUCCUGCUCAUACUGAUUGUGGUUUCAACCUCAUAAUGGUGGACCCGCCUUGGGAAAAUGCUAGUGCUUAUCAGAAAUCAAGGUAUCCAACUUUGCCCAAUAGGUACUUCUUAUCCCUACCCAUUAAGCAACUUACUCACACCGAAGGUGCCCUUGUAGCAUUAUGGGUAACAAACAGAGAGAAGCUACGUAGUUUUGUUGAGAAAGAGCUUUUUGCUGCGUGGGGGGUCAGCUAUGCUGCAAGUUUUCAUUGGUUGAAGGUGAAAGCAAAUGGAUCCUGGAUUAGUGAUUUAGAUCUUUUCCAUCAUAGGCCAUAUGAAAGCCUUAUCUUGGGAUACAGUCCUGGGAAGGUCAAAAAUUCUGACGACCAUUCAAAAUUUAAGCCUGUGAAGGAAGACCGUGUGAUUAUGAGCAUUCCUGGGGAUUACUCAAGGAAACCUCCAAUUGCAGAUUUAUUACAGGAGUACGUUCCUGGAGUCAAGCCUCCCCGAUGCAUUGAGCUAUUUGCUAGAGAAAUUAUGGCUGGAUGGGUUGCUUGGGGAAAUGAACCACUCCACUUUCAAGAUUCUAGAUAUUUUGUCAAAAAGAUGGAUAGCUGAUUCCUUAAAAAGUAGAUAUGUACUUGUAGAUAAUUUAUGGUCAUUUCUGAAUUUUCAGUCUCUUUAAAUUUUAUAUAUUUUUUUCUUCCAUUUUGCACAAGGAAUGUGGUUUUGUUCCAAGUGGCUGCCAACAAUUUUGGAUUCGGAUUCAGUGUAGUCAAAAUUUUGUUCGGUUAGUGCAGUCAGUCCAUCUAAGUUUAGAUAAGAAGAUUCAAAUUGUGAGUUUGACAAAUUGGGAAGUCGGAAUCCUCAAUUGUAGAGACCCAGAUCAACGAUCGAAAUCACCAAUUUCAAACAGUAGAGAAUAUGUUCUCUCACUCUCUGGAUAAGGGAAGAAACAAAAAAAAUACUUAUGUCCUGCUUCCACUACUGCUUCCAAGGAAAACUGGAUGUGUUUGAUUUUGUUCAAAUGUCUAUUGUCAAAUUGUAAACAAAACAAGUUUGUGCACGAAAGCAAUGAGUUAGAACUUGGAAGGUGUUUUAUGGAAAAAUUAUAAUACAUCAAAAGGCUGUCUCUAGUAGCAGAUGUUUACA